AGACACACUUCACCAGACUCCGAGGACUGAGCACUCGCGUUUAACCCACAGGAACACUUAUGGAAUACUCUACCUGUCUGCCUCGAGCUAUGGAGAUAAGCAUGAAUUCUCCCUUUGGACAUACUGGAUAUAAUAAUGAAAACACCACUCACGAGCGUGCUCUGUUUUGGAGACCGUGGGCACAAGGACCGCUUAAACAAAGCACGGACUCUCAUGAGUCAUACGUCAAACCCCCGCUUGAAUUAUCAGAUGCCAAGAAACCCAACAACGUUGUCCAUCCUACCAAGUUGUUCUGGCCUAGAUCGAACUGCUACGAUUACCUGUAUCACGACGCCGAGGCGUUGCUCUCGAACUAUCCCGUCCAGGCGACCAUUUGUCUAUACACAGACUCCAGCAGCGACGAAGAAGACAGUGAGGAGGAGGACGAAAAAGAAAUGAACUAGACAAUUAUGAAUGAAAGGAUGGAGCUUAAUAUAUUCUAUAACUUAUUUCUGUGCAUAAAUUGUAAAUAUACGUAACGUAAUGGAUACAUAUCAACGCUUUUAUUUUUGUAACACUCUUGCAGGGUAUCACUAUUUAUAUGAAGAUUUCUCAAAUGUCAAUAAGUUAAUGAAAUAAAUCUCUAAAAAUACAUCUUUUCCUCUGUUUUCCCAAUCCCUAUUUAGUUACAGUUACAUUUACAAUUAGUCA